AUGUCCGAAGAUGAACCCUGUAUAGAGGCAUCAACAACCAGUCGUGCAGGGGAAAGCUUGUCGUGUGUGUUAUGCCGGAGUCGGAAACUUAAAUGUGACCGCACUAAACCGCGGUGUAACCGGUGCAAGAAGGCCAGUGCCGAGUGUGCCUAUCCCGAGUCCCGGAGGAAGCCGGCGUUCAAGCGGAGGAUUGUGAAGGAGCUUGAGGCUCGCCUAGUUCAAGUUGAGGUGCUCUUAAAGGAAGCGGCAGAGAAUAGAGCACAGCAUAAGGAGCCUGUCAACUCUCUCCCCGCUGAAACGCUGCCGGCCGAAGAUGUCAUGAACCAGGGGGUGGACUUCGCAGACCAUGACAUCUCAUUUGAUCAUGGCGACCAGUUCUCCUUCCCAAGAGACCCAGCGACGACAUUCCCGGCUAGUAACUUCGGCACCCAACCCCAAAAUGACGCCCCCCCUUUUAUGGACCUCAUGGACCUAGGUGGGCUACACGAGAGCCUGCCCCCUUUCGAGAUGAUGGAAGCCCUCAACGGAAUCUUCUUCACCCGCCACCACAACCUCAUCCCGGCGAUCCAUCCUGCUCGCUACCUGCAGGCGUUUUAUUCUGCUCCGCACAUGAGACCCCCCAUGUCUCUCCAAUACGCCAUCUGGGCUCUCGCUGCGUAUGGCGAUCCGAAGUAUGGCCACUACCAUGAGGUCUUCUAUCGGCGCGCGAGGCAGUACGCUGAUUCGGAUGAGAUGAAGGGACACGGCGAACACUUCAUCACCAUCGCGCACGCGCAGGCGUGGAGUCUAAUCGCCAGCUACGAAGCCAAGGUGAUGACGUUCACCCGCGCCUCCAUGAGCGGCGCCAGGGCCGUUCGGCUGGUGGAGAUGAUGGGAUUGCAUCGGCUUGACGACGCCACGGACGAGAUAAGUCCGACGCUGCUGCCGCCGAGGGAUUGGACGGAACUGGAAGAGCGAAGACGGGUGUUCUGGGGCGUGUUUUGUAUUGACAGCCAUUGCUCUAUCUCGACGGGCUGGCCGUUUCUCAUCGAUGCUUCUGAGGUCACAACUCUACUGCCUGCCCCAGAAGAAGCUUUCCGAAAUGGCGAGGAGGUAAAAACAUGCAGUCUCCACGAUGCCGUUAAGGGGUAUCCAUACUCAUCAUUCGCUGGGACAAUUUUAGCCUGUCAUUUCUUCAACCAAAUCCUGAAACACGUCCACAGACCCAAGCCAGGCGACCACCCCGAAGACUACGAACACGGCGAAUACUGGAAACGGCACCGCGAGAUCGACAACACCAUCUCGAGCGCCUUCAUGUACCUGCCGAGCUCCUUCCGAAUGCCCGACAACUACCGCGACCCCGUCGCCAUCCACGCCAACAUCAACUUCCACGCCGCCACCAUUUGCCUGCACCACUCCGCCCUCGACAAGAUAGACACGUACAAGUUACCCGAGAGCGUUCAGAAAACCUCCCGGGAUCGCUUGACCACGGCAGCUCAUGAAAUCACUAACAUCAUCAAGCUCACUAGCCAUACGAAAACCACCCCGCAGAGAAGCCCCCUAGCCGCACUCUCCCUCUACUGCGCCGCCUCCGUCUACAUCUACCUGUGCAAAGAACCGCCCCCCUCCCCCACCCCCACCCCCGCCUACACCGCCAACCUCGACUUCAUCAUCGCCGCCAUGUCGGCCCUCGGGCAAACCCACCCCAUCACCAAAGCCUUCCUGCGCCAGGUCGUCGCCGACAUCGAGCAGAGCGGCAUCCGCAUCCGCGCCGUCGGCAUGCCGCACCUCGACGGCCUGGGCGACCGGUUCCGCGACACGAUCUCGCACAACAUCCCGCUGCUCGCGCGGUCGCGCAUAUCGAGGCACACGCAGGUGCAGCCGCCGCUGCCGGGGCGGCAGCUGCCGCUGGGAAGGCCGGUUGGGCCGGUGUUUGAUGCCGAGCUUGCGGGCGGGCGAGGGGUAGUAGCUAGCAGCGUGGCAGGUUGUCGCAAGCGGAGGCGCACAUGUCCGCCUUCCGAGGCCAGCGCUGCGCGCGACGGUAGUCCGGAGGGAACCCACGCUGCGGCGUCGUGCAUCGCCACGCCCUCGUCGCCUGCCGACACGAUCCCCGCGAGGGGGCCCAGGGCGCGAGACGCUGCUUCUGCCUGUCGCGCUUCCCCUACUCCCGCUGCUAUUGGCAGUAGUAAUAAUAAUAAUAAUAAUAACACGCGCCCCUCUCGUUUCCAAACCACACACUGCGACCCAGGAGGACGCACAACACCCACGUCCAAAAGCGCCUUCCACAGCCCCUGGGAUACCAACACCGCGUACGCUAACACCCCUCUCGAGUCCGAUAUAUCCAACCCGUAUGCCGAAAACAGUGGUGCAAACGGGGAUGUCGACGCGGACAUCCCCUGGGUUCUUACCGGUAACGUUGGUAGCGGCGAUACCGGAGAGCUGGGCAUGGACUGGGAGGCUCUGGCUGCUAGUUUAGGGGAUGGGUUUUUUAGAUAG